CAUAAUUCACUUGAGUGAAAUAGCUUAAUGCUUCUCAUAACAAACAAUCUCUGGUCCUAGAUCUCUCAGCUAAUCUUUUAGUUCAACACAGCUCCUUGGAAAUGGCUACAAUGUCAACACAAUUCUUAAUAAUCUGCCUUCUUAUUCCUCAAGUGCUUACUUCUUUAGCUCAAACCUGCUCAAAUCAUACCUUCUCAGACAACAAACUGUUCACUUCUUGCAGGGACCUUCCAAUGCUACAAGCUCACCUCCACUGGAACUAUAUACCAUCCACCAAAAGUGUCCAUGUUGCUUACAGAGCUGUUCAAGAAUCUACAGGAUGGAUUGCUUGGGCUAUAAACCCAACUGGAAAGGGCAUGGUUGGAUCACAGGCCAUUGUCGCCUUUCACAGUUCUAAUGGGAGCAUAACUGCCUAUCCAACAGCCAUAACCAGUUACAGCCCUUCUAUGCAGCCAAGUUCUCUUAGUUUUCAAGUUUCAAACAUCUCUGCAGAAUAUACCAAAGGUGAGAUGACUAUCUUUGCUGUUGUUGGUCCAUUAGCUAAAGGAACCUCUGCCAACCUUGUCUGGCAGGCCGGAACUUCAGUUUUGAAUGACAUCCCUCAGGGCCACCCAACCUCAGGGCCAAAUGUUCAAUCAAUGGACACAGUUGAUUUUCAUUCAGACUAAAAUUCAACCCAAGUACCUAUCCUAUGUUCUAUUACGAGUUAGAAAGAAGUUUAUCAGUUCAGUCCUACAUUUGGUUGUUACAAAGGGCGGGAUGAGUGUUAUCAACUUAUUAAAUAUUACAAGCGUUUACAUGUAUGUGAUCUUGAGUUCCAACUUCAUGUAAUUGGAAUUACUUAUGUUAUAUAUAAUAUAUUUUACACAUACAUGCCAAAUAACACUUGCUGAUACAUUACAAAAUAGUGAGCGCUUUCUCAAGUUAACAGAAGGCCACAAUAGGCAUAAUACUCGCGAACUAGUUUGGAUAUUUGCCAAGAAAAGGAAGUAGUUCUGUCAAUAAGGAUAUUACUCAAGUAGUCUUUAAGUAGAGGUUAUGAUUGUCCAACAAGCAAGAAUCAUCAUCUGCCAUGGUUUUAAAUAUUAUUGUGAUCCGUAUUCUAAUAAAUCUAUGUUGAUACAUGUUUAAGCAUAUAUCUAAGGUCAAACAACUCUAAACCUCUGAAGGAGAAGAUGCAGAGGUAGAUAGAAAAAUCAGAAAGGAACUUCAAAGCUACGAAUGUGUAACCACAUCAUCCAUCAGACGUAACAGCUCAAUGCUCUUGGCCUCUGU